CAUGAGCAAAAAUGAAGGUUCAUUAACCUCAGUAUCAUAUUUCAUCACCACAACGUAUGAUAUGGUCGAUGAUCUUUCAUUAGAUUCAAUAAUUUCUUGGAGCCAGAGCGGCAAGAGUUUCAUCAUUUGGAAUCCAGAAGAAUUUUACAACAAUCUUCUUCAAAGAUUCUGCUUCCAACGCAUAAAUACCUUUUUCUCUUUCCUUUUUUCACAUGGUUUCAGAAAAAUCGACUCUGGAAAAUGGGAAUUCGCGAAUGAUAAUUUUGUGCGAGGUCAACGUCACCUCAUAAAUAACAUUAUAAGUGAUGUAAUAGAGCAGGAGGUUCAAUAUGAUCAAGGAAUGGAAUUGUUUAAAGCAGAAAAAUUAUUUGCACGACUAGUGAAAAAAGUACAGGAUCAAUUGCCACCUCAUAACAGUUAUCCAACCUCAAAACUUCCUUUCCCCACCAAAAUCUAUGAGAUGGUGGACGAUCCUUCAUCGGAUGCUAUUAUCUCAUGGAGCCAAAGUGGCAAGAGUUUCAUCAUUUGGAAUCCACAAGAAUUUUGCAAAGAUCAUCUUCGUAGACUCUUCAAUACCCUCCAUAUACAUUUUUUCUUCUAUAAACUUAAAAUAUUUGGUUUCAAAAAAAUUAAUCCAAAGAAAUGGGAAUUUGCAAAUGAUAAUUUUGUCCGGGGUCAACGUCACCUUGUGGAAAUCAUUAUAAGCAAUGAUAAAAAGAAGAAUGAUCAACUACGUAAACAGGAUGCCAGAGAGAAAAAAAUGGCGGAGGCAGGAGAAUUGUUUAAGUUGCAAAUUGAGGAAAUGUCGGAUAUGAGAAAGAAAAUGAAGAAGGCCAAGGAAGUAAAGGAACAAGAGGUUCGACUCUGCAAAUUAUGAGUUUGUUGGAGGUCAAUCUUAUUUUAUGAAUAAUAUCCAUAAGAAGCUCUAGCUUGUCAUUACCAUUAAAGUUUGUAUUUAUUAGUUUU